AUGCUAGAAACGCCCCGAAACUUUAAGAGAGCGGGAAUUGACAGGCCCCUGGUCUGGACGUGAAGUUCGCUUAUGGGCAGCCCCUUAAGUGGACACUUUGACGUUGAAGUCCGAUCUGUUCGCUCGGCUCGGACGCUGCCGGCUGUCUCAGUCGAGCGUCAGACGGGGGACAGAACGGUCACACUCGUCAAGUGUAGCACCAGGAUCGCACCGGACGCCAUCAUGGCCCUCCACAAGCUGGUGGACGACCCCGAGCGCUGCGUGGACGACAUGCUGGCCGGGCUGGCGGCGGCCUUCCCCCAUCUGCGCGUGCUGCCCGACACCCGCGCCGUCGUCCUCUCCGGGGCCGGCGGCCAGGACGACGCGGUGGGCGUGGUCUCGGGGGGCGGCGCCGGCCACGAGCCCUUCUGCGCGGGCUUCGUCGGCACGGGCAUGCUGGCCGGCGCCGUGUCCGGCUCCGUGUUCGCCUCGCCGCCCGCCACGCACGUGGUGCGCGGCCUCGCCCACGUCGCUCGGCGGCAUAGGGGUGGAGUUCUUCUGGUGAUUCCCAACUACACUGGAGACUGUCUGAAUUUUGGCCUGGCGUCGGAGUGGGCUAAAAGAGAUGGCAUUCCCGUAGAGAGUGUCAUUGUCGGAGAAGACUGUGCUUUACUAGGAACGGGGAAGGGCUCCUCAGCUGGUCGUAGGGGCAUGUGUGGGUUGGUUUUUGUCUAUAAAAUUGCUGGUCAAUUAGCAUCAGAGGGACUGGCCUUGAAGAAAGUAGCAGAAGCAGCCCAGAAAGUGAUUGACAAUAUGGCAACAAUGGGAUUUGCUCUGAGAUCAUGCACUGUUCCUGGUUCAACCCAACUCCUCUUGAAACUUGAUUCUGACAGCGUUGAGCUAGGUGUUGGAGUUCAUGGAGAAGCAGGUGCCAAGACUAUUAAAGUUGCCCCAGCCUCAGAACUGAUAGCUGAAAUACUGAAUCCAAUCUGCCAGACGCUAAAACCUGCCAAAGGAGAAAAAGUAGCAGUUCUUGUCAAUAAUCUUGGAGGUCUUUCUCAAUUAGAACAGUGGGUAGCAGUGAGCAUAAUUCACAAACAAAUAUCAUCAUGGGGCGUUUUUGUGGAACGCAUAUAUGCUGCCCCAGUGAUGACUUCCUUGGAGACUGUUGGUCUGCAGGUGUGUGUUCUGAAACUUGCAGAAAAUUCGUGGUUGAGAUGCCUUGAUGCUGUGACAUCUGCCCCUGGUUGGCCAGGCUGCUCUCUUUCCAUACCUCCUACUGGAGAACACAAGCCAGAAGAACUAGUAGCAAAGCUUGAGGAUUUGGAUAUAAAGGAAUCAGGCCCUGAGUUGGAACACGCACAUUCACAGUUAUUACUCCAUGCUUUAGAAACAGCUGCAAAAGACCUUAUUCAACAUGCAGAUAAAAUGAAUGAACUGGAUAGUGGUUGUGGAGAUGGAGAUUGUGGAUCAACACUUGCCAGAUUAGCCAAAGGAAUCUUAACUAAAUUGCCAACACUUUCUAUUAAACACCCUGCUAAAUUGUUAAUGGAGCUAGCAAACUUAGCUAGUAUAACAAUGGGCGGUACCUCUGGUGCAGUUUAUGGUCUGUUAUUUUCUGCUGCAAGUGAGCAGUUAAGGAAGGUAAAAUGUGUGGCAGAUGCUCUAAACUUUUUGGAGCAUAUUGCCAAGUCUUGGGAAGAAGGAUUACGCGGUAUAAUGCGUCACAGCAAGGCUCGUCAAGGUGAUAGGACCAUGCUUGAUGCUUUGAUCCCAGCUUGUGAAGAGUUCUGUAAGGCCAUCUUAGAAGGUGCCAAUGGACCCACAGCUUUAGCAGCAGCAGUGCUUGCUGCUCGCAAAGGAUGUGCAAGCACAGCUGAUAUGUCCGCCAAUGUUGGCAGAGCAAGUUAUGUUAAUGAAACACAUCUUGGUGAUGUGGAUGCUGGAGCAUAUGGUGUUGUGGUGUGGUUGGAGGCUUUGUUGAAAGCAUUUGAGUCAAACUUUUAUCAUUCAUUUUGUAGUUUGUGUUGAAAGGGAAGUGUACCUUAAGGCCAACUUACUACAAGACAAAAAUUUUCUUGGGUCAUGUGGCAUAACAUCAAGUUAGGGGAAAAACAACAUACAAAUAAAGGUAACACCUCUUCAACUCCGCUCAAGAAUCUUCUAUGUCAUGAGUUUACUACAUAUCAUUUACAUCAGGGAAAUAGGAUUUUGUCAGAAAUACAUUGACCGAGCCUAUCUGGAA